AUUAACAUUUAAUUUUAACACACGAAAUUUUGUUGGUGAUACCGUGUACGUAUAGAAAUGAAUUCUAGCACCUAAUUAAAAUUUAUUGCGUGUGACAUCGGUCUGGCAUACAUAUUAUUACAAAUUUGACCAUGAAGGUCUCACAGUUUUGUUUUUCGAUCAUUGUAUUGGUGUCGAUUGCGGAAGUAGAUGGGAAAAUUUACACUAAGUGUGGAUUAACAAGAGAACUGGUACAGCUUGGAUUCAGCCGAUCCCUGGUAGGAAAUUGGGUUUGUUUAAUUGAAAGUGAGAGUGGUAAAGAUACAUCAAAACAAGUUAAUAAGGCAAACGGAGGACAAGCACUAGGACUUUUUCAAAUCAACAGCAAAGAUUGGUGCAAAUAUGGCAAAGAUGGUGGAAAAUGCCGAAUAAAAUGUGAAAAUCUCUUAGAUGAAGAUAUACGAGACGACGCCAAAUGUGCUCUCAUCGUACAAGCUGAAUUGGGAUUUAAUGCAUGGGAUGGCUGGAGAAGGAGCUGUUAUGGACGUACGUAUCCGUUGAACAUACCGAAUACAUGUUUGUGAAUAUGAACUUUAAGAAAAAUGUGAAUAUAUUUGAAGAAUAAAAUUUCUA